GAUCGGCUUACACAUGCUGCAGUAUGGAUUCCUUAAGCUUUGUAACUCUGUGGCUAUAUAUAAAGCCCUACGCUGGAAACUGAAGUACACAGACAGCUGCGAUAGUAGCAAGCGUUUCACAUUCCCAGUGUGCUGACGGUCUGGAAGCAAGGGAGACCCGCGAGCCCUGCUUUGAGUAAGUUUCUUUACCAGGGGCUCAGGUAUAGAUACAUUCAUAAAUACAUAUAUAUAUAAAAAAGAAGGGUUGGGGAAAAAAGGAGCGAUUACUCUUCACCAUGGGUUUGCCUUUUGAUCAAGUGGAAGAACUGCGUCUCUACCAGCAAACUCUCCUCCAGGAUGGACUCAAAGACAUGUUGGACCACAACAAGUUUCUGGACUGUGUCUUAAAAGUCAAAGGGAAGGAGUUUCCCUGCCAUCGGCUGGUGCUGGCAGCUUGCAGCCCAUAUUUUCGAGCGAUGUUCCUCUCGGACAUGGAAGAGAGCAAGAAGAGAGAGGUCAGUUUGGAAGAUGUUGAUCCAGAUGUCAUGGGCAAGAUCCUCCAUUAUAUCUACACCUCCGAGCUGGAGAUCACAGAGCAGAAUGUGCAGGACAUCUUCUCUGUGGCCAACAUGUUCCAGAUCCCCUCCAUCUUCACCAUCUGCGUGUCCUUUUUGCAGAAGCGGCUCUGCCUCAGCAACUGCUUGGCUAUCUUCAGGCUGGGCUUGAUGCUGGAUUGUGCCCGGCUGGCCGUGGCAGCUCGGGAUUUCAUUUGUGAUCGCUUUGCGCUGGUCUCUCGGGAUGAGGAGUUCUACCAGCUUUCACCCGAUGAGCUUAUUGCAAUCAUCUCCAGUGACUCCCUCAACAUCGAGAAAGAGGAGACUGUCUUUGAAGUAGUGAUGAAGUGGGUGGGGACCAAGGACCAUGAGAGCCGGCAGAAGGCCUUGCCUGUCAUCUUUGAAAGCAUCCGCUUCCGCCUCAUGCCCAACGACUACAUCAAGGAUCACGUGGAGAAGCACGCCAUGGUGAAGUCCAGCCCGGAGCUGCUCAAGAAACUGCAGAUGGUGAAGGAUGCCCAGAAAGGCAAAUUCACUGUGGUGAAGAAGAAGAAAGUGAAGAAAAGCAGUGAAAAGCAAGCGAAAGACAAUGUUGUCAAUGGAACAGUAGAUGAGGAGGAAGAUACAGAGGAGGAUGCUCUCCCAGGGAUCUUAAAUGACACAAUGCGCUUUGGGAUGUUCCUCCAGGACCUUAUUUUCAUGGUGAGCGACAGUGGAGCAGUGGCCUAUGAUCCCACUGCCAACGAGUGCUAUUUUGCCUCUCUGUCUACUCAAAUCCCGAAGAACCACAUCAGUCUGGUGACCAAAGAGAAUCAGAUCUUCAUUGUUGGAGGACUGUACUACAAUGAGGACAGCAAAGAGGAUCCCAUGAGUUCCUACUUCCUACAGUACGACCAUCUGGAUGCAGACUGGUUGGGGAUGCCCCCCCUGCCCUCCCCUCGCUGCCUCUUUGGCCUGGGAGAGGCGGAAAACUCCAUUUUUGUGGUCGGAGGGAAAGAACUGAAAGAGGGAGAAACGACCUUGGAUUCGGUCCUGUGCUAUGACCGGCUGUCCUUCAAGUGGGGUGAAGCCGACUCCCUUCCCUAUGCAGUUUACGGCCAUGCGGUGGUAUCGCACAAGGACCUCGUCUACGUCAUUGGCGGCAAAGGAAGCGACAAGAAGUGCCUGAAGAACAUGUGUGUCUACAACCCAUCCAAGUUUGAGUGGAAGGAGGUGGCUCCCAUGAAAACUGCCCGGUCCCUGUUUGGAGCCACUGUGCACAAAGACAAAAUCUACGUGGCAGCUGGUGUGACUGACUCCGGCUUGACCAACUCGGUGGAAGUCUAUGACAUUGCCACCAACAAGUGGGACACUUUCACUGAGUUCCCACAGGAGCGCAGCUCGGUCAGCCUGGUGAGCUUGGCUGGGGUGCUCUACUUGCUCGGAGGAUUCGCCACGGUGGAGACGGAGUCGGGAGAGCUGGUGCCAACGGAGCUGAAUGACGUUUGGAGAUAUGAUGAAGAGCAGAAGAAGUGGGAAGGGGUCCUCCGGGAGAUCCAGUAUGCCUCCGGUGCCACUUUCCUUCCCGUGCGCCUCAAUGUUUUGCGCCUAACAAAGAUGUAGCGAGGCAUGAUUUAUUUUUUUUCCAUGGGGGUCUGGGGCAAAGAGGGAUGGGGGGAGGUGAGGCCACACUUAUCAGCGCAGAGAUGUGGCAUCUGGAUACUGUGUAGGCCAUUGCAUCUGUGAUUGGUACCAGUUUACUUAGUCAAAUGGGAAAGGAAGGGAAAUUAUCCUGAAGCCCUACGGGAACUUGAAGAUGCUCACAAGAUAACUAGAGAAGGGAUCUGGAGCUUGCAAGGAGCUGGGGUAGACUGAGAAGCAUGGAGCAAUGUGAUGUUCCAGUCUCAGUAGACGGGACAAAAAGAUCAUACUCUUGUUCCGCUUCUUUCUCCAUGUUUUUCCCCAUCUUCUCAACUGCUGUUGAACCUUCCUAACCAACAGUAGAGGUAGAAAGUGGGUCCCAAGGGACUAAGCUGAUGUUCCCCAGGGAAGAGGGGUCUAUAAAGUAUUUCCCCACCUAAGGUAGCUGGGAGCAUGGUGCUAGAGCCCAGCUUGGAGAGGAGAAGGAAGGAAGGCUCAAAGUCAAGUGGUACAAGAGAGACCUGGGGGGACUUUGAUGAGGUCCCGGGUGAUGAGGGUUGUUGGGAUGCAACAGUUAAAAGAAAAGAGCACAUGAGCGUGGGCAGCAGAAACACUUCGGAAGUUGCAAUGAAAAGAAAAUACUCUUAGUUCUUUGCCUCCACCUUGACUUUGGACUGAAGAGACGCCAGGAACUAAGGUCUGCGGGAGAGGAAGAGUCGUGUGAGCAGUAGGGUAGGAAAGGGGGGGGGAGGGGAAGAUGGGCAGGGGGGCCAUAUGCACUCAUCUCCAGUCUUUUGGGCUCCUCGUCUUCAAUCACAGAUCACAAUGUCCUCACCUAUAGCUGGACAAGUGCUGUUUUUCAGGGAAAGGUUUUAUAUUUAUGCUGUUUCUCUUAUUUUUAAUGUUCUGACCUUUUUUUUUUUUUUUUAAAGAGUAUUCUAGUUUGCUAGAAGUACAUGGAGGUCUCAGAUGUGUUUGGCUCAGAGAGAGCUUCCUACUGAGGAAAAAUGCAUUUUUUUUUUCAAAGUUAUCCAUAAUGAUGUUUUGAUAGAAACACGACUGUACUGGCAGCAGGACAAAGAUCUGCUAGAGCAAAAAUCUCCUGAUGCCCACACCAUCUGACCAGUGGUUUAUUUAAAAAUAAAUUAUUAGGCUAUUUCAAA